AUCCAUGUACAAAUUAAAGGAAAAAGAAAAAAAAGAAGAAGCGUGUGGGAGGCGGGAGUCUUGCUGAUGUGGCAAGCCGUUACCCCGUGGAGAGCAAUGGCGGGAAGAACAAACUGAUACGGAUGGGCGCCACGUGUACGAUGACGUGUACAUAACAGAAAUUGACUAUCAACUGCCAUGCGCCAUCACUGAGUCCGACUUGCCCUGCCCACUUCCCCCCCACACAAUCCCACCAAAGAUUCAAUCUUUAUCGUCACCAGAUUUCUCCUAACAUAAACGAAAUCCCAUUCCACUGCGGAAAUUCGAAACCGAUUGAAGUAGUGAUCAGUAGGAUAGCAUUUCAGUGUGGAAUUUCUUCAAUCAAGAAACGGCCAAAUACCAAUCCUCUGUUUCAGUGGGGUUCGGGUUUGUUAGUUCCUUUGCAAUGGGCGAUGAUGAGGGGGAAAGGAAGGAGAUAGAGAUGGCUGCAGAGAGGCCUGAAACAACAGCAGGAAGAGGAGCCCAGAAUUGGGAGGAGGAGGAGGAAGAGAAUUCAGAAGAAGCAGGGGAGCAGGAAUUCAAAAGGAUUCCUCCGUGGACGAAGCAAUUCACGGUGAGAGGGAUAGUGGCGAGCGUGGCGAUCGGGUUCAUAUACGUUGUGAUCGUGAUGAAGUUGAUUCUAACAACUGGGAUAGUCCCAACGUUAAACGUCUCAGCGGCGCUGUUAGCCUUCGUGUUCGUCACCACUUGGACCAAGCUUCUCAAGAAGGCCGGAUUUGUCACCACUCCCUUCACCAGGCAGGAAAAUACCUUGAUUCAGACUUGCGCUGUGGCUUGUUACAGCAUGGAUUUUGGAGGUGGUUUUGGGUCGUAUCUUCUGGGUUUGAACAGGAAGACACACGAGCUAUCUGGGGUUGAUUCAUCAGGGAACAAUCCGCGGAGCGUAAAGGAACCUGGAAUCGGCUGGAUGAUUGGUUUCCUCUUUGUGAGCAGCUUUGCUGGGCUACUUGCCCUGGUUCCUCUCAGGAAGAUUAUGAUAAUAGACUAUAAAUUGAGCUAUCCAAGUGGAACAGCUACUGGUGUACUUAUCAAUGGAUUCCACACCCGAAAGGGACACAAGAUGGCCAGGCAAGUAAAUCCUUGUUCUGGCUUUUUAAAACAAGUCCAAGCCUUCACCAAGUACUUCUCCAUAAGCUUCCUAUGGGCUUUCUUCCAGUGGUUCUUCUCCGGUGGACCAAAGGAUCAAGGAAAGUAUUGCGGUUUUGUGCAGUUCCCAACAUUUGGAUUGGCUGCUUGGAAAAACUCAUUCUACUUUGAUUUCAGCCUGACUUAUGUCGGAGCUGGAAUGAUAUGCUCUCAUCUCGUCAAUUUCUCGUUGCUCUUUGGCGCAGUGCUCUCUUAUGGGGUAAUGUGGCCGUUGAUCGAUGGACUUAAAGGAAACUGGUUUCCUUCAACACUACCAGAAAGCAGUAUGAAGAGCCUCAAUGGUUACAAGGUUUUCAUUUCAUUCGCUUUAAUCCUUGGGGAUGGCCUCUACAAUCUCCUCAAGAUACUCUGCUGUACAAUUGCUAACCUUCAUGCUGGUGCAAGGGCGAGAAGAAAUCUGAAAAUUGUUCAUGUAUCUGCAGAUUCCAACGACCAGAAUCAGGCUCCAACUGAAAGCCUUCGAAGAAAUGAAGUGUUCAUGAGGGAAACUAUCCCAAUUUGGAUAGCCUGUGUGGGCUACAUCGCCUUCUCCGUAAUUUCAAUCAUCAUCACCCCCAUCAUGUUCCCUCAAUUGAAAUGGUACUACGUGGUAAUUUCCUACAUUAUCGCCCCGGCUCUCAGCUUCUGCAACGCAUAUGGCGCUGGGCUAACCGACAUGAACAUGGCCUACAACUAUGGCAAAGUGGCGCUCUUCGUCCUAGCAGCCUUAUCGGGGAAAGAAAAUGGCGUCGUUGCAGGGCUUGUAGGAUGUGGACUGAUCAAGUCGAUCGUGUCAAUCUCUUCUGAUCUAAUGCACGAUUUGAAGACCGGCCAUCUCACUCUGACUUCCCCACGAUCCAUGCUUCUCAGCCAAGCUAUUGGUACCGCCAUAGGUUGCGUGGUAGCUCCACUCACGUUCUUCCUCUUCUACAAGGCGUUCGAUGUCGGGAACCGCAAAAGCGAGUACAAGGCUCCCUACGCUCUCAUCUACAGAAACAUGGCGAUCCUUGGAGUGGAAGGCUUCUCCGCCCUCCCUCGGCACUGCCUACAGCUCUGCUACGGAUUCUUCGCAUUUGCUAUCACAGCCAACUUGUCGAGAGACUUGCUGCCAAAGAAAAUAGGGAAGUGGAUUCCUCUCCCCAUGGCAAUGGCCGUGCCUUUCCUCGUAGGAGCGUACUUCGCGAUCGACAUGUGCGUGGGGAGCUUGGUUGUUCUGGUUUGGCACAAGUUGAACAACAAAAAGGCUGGCCUGAUGGUUCCUGCUGCCGCUUCUGGGUUGAUUUGUGGAGAUGGAUUGUGGAUUCUGCCCUCGUCGAUCCUUGCUCUGGCGAAAGUGAAGCCCCCCAUUUGCAUGAGCUUCUUCAAAAGCUCGUAGACUGUAGAGAUUUUAGUAUAUGCCAAGACAGUAUAGUACUUUUUGCAGCUUCUUUUAACAAGGGAAGAACAGAGAGUCGGGAGAAUUCUAAUUCAAGUAGCUUCAUUGUUUGGUAAUGCCUGUACAAUGUUCUUAUUCUUUUCCAUUCGUUAAUUGCAAAUAUGAAAAGAGACGAUCAAGACAGCAUCUAAGCUGGUAAUCUCAAACAGAGUAACAGUGGCGGGAAACCAAAAAAAGUCUCUUAAAUUAUCAACAAACAGAGUAACAAUGGCGGCAAACCAACAAAAACAGAAAAAAACGCAGGUAAUCAAGAAAGAAGAAAUCAAUGAACACUAAGAACAUGC